AUGCGACUACAAAUGGUUCACGACCUCGAGCCUAGCAAGGGACUGUUAGGCGACGCGACACCGCAGCGCGGCCUCGUUCCGCUGACCCAGCAGCGCCCUGCGGUGCCGGCUUCUCGCGCGGCCCGGGGCCAGCGCGGUUAUUUACGACUGGGCGCUUCUCUGCCGGGCGGCCGGGGUUCCUCACCUCGUGCGGGCAGGGCGACGGUGGCGCUGUCACUGGUGCACCUGGACCCCAGGGGUCGCGCUGUCUUCGGUCCUGUCAGCUUCCCACUCCCGGAGGUGGGGACUCGGAGAGGAAGGGCACGACGGGCGGAAAAGGUUGCCGUUGGAAGAACAGAUACUGAAGACUUAGACCUCUAUGCGACAUCUCGGGAGAGGCGGUUUCGUUUAUUUGCCUCUGUAGAAUGUGAAGGGCAGUUAUUCAUGACUCCGUAUGAUUUUAUUUUGGCUGUUACAACAGAUGAGCCCAAAUUUGCUAAAACGUGGAAGUCACUUUCCAAACAGGAAUUGAAUCAGAUGCUAUCAGAAACACCGCCAGUUUGGAAGGGCUCAUCAAAGCUAUUUCGAAAUCUUAAAGAAAGAGGUGUGAUUUCUUAUACAGAAUAUCUUUUUCUUUUAUGUAUUUUAACAAAGCCACAUGCAGGCUUUAGAAUAGCUUUCAACAUGUUUGACACUGAUGGCAAUGAGAUGGUGGAUAAAAAGGAGUUUUUGGUGCUUCAAGAGAUAUUCAGGAAAAAAAAUGAAAAGAGAGAGACUAAAGGAGAUGAAGAAAAGCGUGCAAUGUUGCGUCUUCAACUUUAUGGAUACCAUUCUCCUACUAAUAGUGUCCUUAAAACAGAUGCUGAGGAACUUGUCUCCAGAAGCUAUUGGGACACACUGAGGCGGAACACAAGCCAAGCGCUCUUUGCGGACCUCGCAGAGCGUGCUGAUGACAUCACAAGUUUAGUAUCAGAUACUACACUUCUUGUCCACUUUUUUGGAAAGAAAGGAAAAGCUGAGCUCAACUUUGAAGAUUUUUAUAGAUUCAUGGAUAACCUCCAAACAGAAGUUUUAGAAAUAGAAUUCCUUUCCUACUCUAAUGGAAUGAAUACUAUCAGUGAGGAAGAUUUUGCUCAUAUUCUUUUACGAUAUACAAAUGUGGAAAAUACAUCAGUAUUUUUAGAAAAUGUGCGUUACAGUAUACCUGAGGAGAAGGGCAUCACAUUUGAUGAAUUUAGAUCAUUUUUCCAAUUUCUGAACAACCUAGAAGACUUUGCAAUAGCCCUAAAUAUGUAUAACUUUGCAAGCCGUUCUAUAGGACAAGAUGAAUUUAAACGUGCUGUCUAUGUAGCUACUGGACUCAAACUUUCACCACAUUUAGUGAAUACUGUCUUCAAGAUUUUUGAUGUUGACAAAGAUGACCAAUUAAGUUAUAAAGAAUUUAUUGGAAUUAUGAAGGACAGACUCCAUAGAGGAUUCCGGGGUUACAAGACAGUCCAGAAGUAUCCUACUUUCAAAUCCUGUCUGAAAAAAGAACUUCACAGCAGAUAAAUACUCCUAAAGCAAACUUUAAAGAACUAUUAUCUCACAAACAUAGAAGCAAAACUCUCUUAGAGUGGAAGCAAGUCUGAGAUCAGAACAUGUAGCAAAUGAAGGAAAAAGUGAAAAGUUAUGAAAUUUCUAUUUUUCUUGAACAGAAUUCUUAAAGACAUAAAAUGCUUCUGCUACCCAUCUUAUGUAUAACAAAGUUGAGCUUUGGCCUUGAUUUACUGAACUCUGCACUUUUUCAUUCCUUUCCGAAGUAUAAAGAUACUUCCAGUGACUAUAUAAGAAUGUAUUUUAAAUAUUUUUAUUUAUUUAUUAGAACUUUGCCGCAUUUCAAAGUAAUUUAUGACUCAUGGACUGCAGAUCACCUUAAAAUGAACAAAACAUUUUCUCUGGUUUUGAACUGUGAACUUAAUUUGGAAAAUAAAUAUUACUUCCUAUUUAUUUUAGGGUCCUUAGAAUUGUUAGUAAAUCCGUGUUGUUUGCCAGGUUUUUAAGUAUAUUGAAAUAAUUUUUGGAAAAUAAGUAGAAAUUAAGGUACUAAGUAACAUGAUGAUGGUUUACAUUGUACUUUUAACUUUUAAAAGUACUUAGGUAACAUGUAUUGCUUGACUUGUGAAAUGUUUUUAUUGUUGUUACUCAUUUACCAAAGCCAACAGAAUGUCUGGUAUCCCUUUAUGUAUAGAAUAAUGAACUUAAAAUGUAAAGUUCUCAAAAACAUAAAUGUCAUAUAUUGAUAAUUAGAAGCAGGUCAGUUGUAAUAGUAGACACUGUCAUUGUAAACAUGACGCUGCUCCUGAUUAUAGGUGAUACAUGUAACGCUAGUAAAAAUAAUAUCCUACAGCUCUGUAACUUAUUCCAUAUUGUUAAUACAUGUCUGUGGUGACAAAAUGAGUGUUAUAAAUUAAUAAUCAAAAAUAGUUUAAAAGACGGAUUAUGUUUAGGCAGAAGCUAAUGUUUUGUUUCUUUCUGAAGGACCACAUGCAAAAGUGAUGCCAGUAAUAAUGAAUAAUUUAAAUAUAACUUGUUAUUUCAAAAACCAUAUGUCUUAAAAGAGAAAAUAAAAACUUUCUUUUGAAAAAAAUACAAAAUUAUCUUUUCAAAUGGAGAAAUAAUUUGAUAGUACUUACUAGAAAUCUGUUUAAAGAUAUGUAGUUUAUUUAAGGAUAUUAUACAAAAAUAGUGCAAUGAAUUUAAGUUUAUAUAUCGCAUGUGGAAUAUAGUUCAAUUAUCUUCUUUUUUAAGGCAUAUUUAACGAUGUUACGUACACUCCAAUUAUUGUAUUGCUUUUGCAUAUGAAAAUAGGAAACACUGUUUUUAUGUUAAUAAAUGUGAAAUUGAUUUGCAUCAUCUUAUUUAUAGAAGUAAUGUUAUUUCCAUGAAAAUGUUACCAGAAUUGACUUUGUGUUUGUUAGACCUUUUACCUCCUUUACCUGAAUUAUUUAUUAUACCAACGUAGAAAUACAGAUUUGUAAGUUUAAGAAUCACACAUAGUAUAAUAAUUGAAGUUCACCUGCUUUGAAGAUUCAGUCAACUGAUUAACUGAGUAAAGAUGCUUACUUAUUCAUUUAUUAUUUAUCAUGUCCAGCUCUAUUAUACUUUAUAUUCAGUGUUGUCCAUAUUAUUUUGUAUCAAAAAUAAUUGAAAAAUGCAGGAGUCUUGGACCAUAAAUAAAAUUAUCUUAAAUACAUAGAGUAUCUUGUAAAUAUAGAUUAAAAUUGAAUUCGUUCAUAAAAAUCCUUUAGAAUUCCAUCUCCCAAGGAAGAAAAGCACCCUACGUACAUAAUCAGUUUUUUUUUAACUUAUCAGUGUGAGUGGAUCUAUAUAUAAGGCUGCAACAUAAUAUAACAAUAGGAAUAAAUAAAACAUUCUGAUCAGUUAAAUGGAAAGAGAAUAGUAAAUUACAGUGACUCCCUUUAUAAUAUCACUCUUGAAAUUUAUCACCUAUAAAAUGGAGGUAAAAAUAUCUCACUGGAUUGUUGUUUACAUCAAUUUAAAUAUUUUUGAAUUCUUUGAACAUAAUGUACUAAAUACAUGUCUGCUGUUAUUUUUGGUAUUUCCUUUUACACACUAUUCUUCAAAAGAUUAAGUUAUACACAAAACUUUAGUAUUAUACUUUUUAGAAAACCCUAUAUGAUAUGUGAUAAAUCAUUUGUGGUACUUCUGAGAAUCAUUUCCCAAUAAGAAAUUAUUUCACUAAAAUUGCAAUUAGUUGUUCUUAUUAUAAAUUAUAAUUGUAAAGCAACCUGUCUUACAUUUUUAUAUUAUUUUAAAAUAAAUGUACCUACCCUUGAAUC